AUGGAAAUGCCUUCACUCCACUUGCACUGCUGUUGGACUCGCCGUCGUUGCUUUCAUCCGUCUGUCUAUUCUUUUGGUGCACUCAUAUGCUGUCCGACACCCAGCGUACAUGUCAUCUCUGGCCACCAACCUCCACAGAGCUCAUCCUGACCUAAUCUCUUAACUGUUAACAGGUGCAAACUGUUGCUGCAUCCUGCCUGCUCCAAAUUUUUAGAAAUAUGCCAUAAAAACACUUGAAGUUUAGGUUCUUAAUGUAUCAUUCUUUACCACAAUUUAUAAAUAAUGUUUGAUAAUGUAUCAUAAGUAUUUUUAUGCUCAUAGUUCUGAGUGGAUUUAAAUCGUACGGGUUCCUUUAAGUUUCACAUGCAAGUUCUACAAAUUAUUGACAUUCAUGCUGUUAGUGCACAAUAGUAACAUUCAGAGCCAGUGUCAUUAACCAAGAUAUUAGUAUCUGUCAAAGAGAAAAAUUUAAUUUAACUAUUCAGUUCUGAGUGGAAGAGGGAAAAAAAGUACCAAUCACAGAAAAUCCCAAACUUCACAAUAAACAGAUUGUGAUGGCCUCAUCUUUUCGACCAGAAUGCAUAAAUCUGUCACAUGGUUUGUUUGUAAUUAUACGGAUGACAUGGUUUUUAUUUUGUCCAAAGCUGACGAUUCAUUACAUGCAGCUAAAGCAGGCUACUAUAUGUGUCAUUUAAAACAAAGGAAUAAGUCAAAUCUGUUCUUGCACCAUUAUGGGCAGAGAUGAAGUGUGUGCCGUGUGUUUGAGGCUACCACCUCCUUUACACGCACUAACCUAUUCCAAAGCCAGCUCACUUCCACCACCUGAAAACAUACCUCCUUCAUGGCUCAGCCUGCUCUGUUCUGCCCAUUUUCCUGACCUCUUGUCAAAGAGAUCUCUUCAAGCCUUGAGCCAUCCUCCCUCACUGUGCCUGAUCCAUCCCAGACUAACUCAGCUGGAGUUUUGUUCACCUGCCCUCUACCCCCCCGCCCACACCACUGUAUGUGUACCACUCGCAGUGCUCCUACUAACUCCGACGACCCUUUUUGUUAAAAAGCAUUUUAACAAAAAGCUGCAUGCUUUUUUUUUUCUUUUCCUAUAAUGUUUUUUUCCUACCCUUCACUUUCUGUUUGUGAAAGUCGACGUCAUUCUCUUUGUGAUUAUAAAUAUCCUUUCUGUUUGAUUUGUAUGGAUUUUGAUAGAAUGCAGCACUCUGGUGAAUGUUAGACAAGCUUGGAAUAGUUAUAAUCACAACAGAAAACACUGCUUAGACAGAAAUGUCAUUGUUUCCUGUUUUAUAUGUGCUUGAGGAUGUACUGUAGUGUGUAGUGUUGGGAUGGUCUUGCAUUUCACUUUAAAGUUUUUGUUACGUGUUUACCAAUAAUAGUAAAAUAACAUGACUUGCUCGUUUUCCCCACAGUUUGCUGGAAAUUGCUCUUGUGCAUUUUUUUCGACUGCCUCUUAUGCCACUUUUACUCAUUGCCUGUUGUCUGAUCGAACCAGAAUCGUUGGUCAUAUAGUAAAUUGUCAGUAUAAGUUAAAAAAUUGAAGCAGAUUUACAGAUUGUUGGUGGCACGUUUCUUUUAACAUGGUUGGAAUCUGACAAUUCCUGAUAAAAUGGAAAAAAAAUUAUGAGGCGUCCAAAAAAAUGCUCUGCGGUCAUUUAUACUAUUUCUAAUGGGGUUAGAGGUACACUGCUCUUCUCUUCAUCUUCAAACCCACACAGCCCUUCACACAUGCAUAACCAGUCAACUCUGGGCCUUGUAAUGGUAAUCCAAGGCCCAAAAGCUCCACUUCUGUCUCUUCCUUUCGCUAUAUUUUUGUGACAGCUGAAUGUUCCAUGGUGCCCCUUCCCCUGUCAUGGUUACAGAUUCACAGCAAGCUUGGAGUUUCUACUCUUUAUUUUGUUACUGCUAGAUUUCCAUACCUGUUUCUGUCUCUUUUAUUUGUGUACUAAGAUCCUACUCUGUAGUGAAUCAUAUAUGUAUGCGUGCGAUACAUAUAUAUAUAUAUAUUGCCCUCUCCUUCCUCCUCCUCCUAAUUUUUACAUAGUGGAUGUUAUUUGAUGUGUUUAAAUGGAUUAUAAUACUAGAUUUUUUUCUUUUUAUUUUUGCUUGAAAACCCUUUUUUAAAUACAUUUAUAUUGUAGGAGUAAAUCCUAAAGGUUACAGACCACACAAAAAGUCAUGCAUUUAUUUAACAUAGAGGCAAUCCUACCCUUCAACUCAAGUCCCCCAGCCUUUACCCCUCUCCCCCUACUUGCCCUAACACUCCUUGUGCUGGAGGACACUGAUUGUUACAUGCUGUAGGUGAUGAUGAUGAUAACGACAAUGGUGAUGGUGGUGGUGGUUGUGCUUAUGAUGAUAGUGUGAUUUGAGUGUUUUGUUUGUCUUGAUGUUUUCAUCCAUGCUCACAGGGUAUAGCUCCUCUUAUUAUUGGAAUAUUUUUGGUUUUUUUCUCCUCUCUUCUCUCUGCCAGGAUAACAUCGGACACCGGCUGCUUCAGAAGCAUGGAUGGAAGUCGGGGCAAGGACUUGGCAAGACCAUGCAGGCAUGUUUACCCAGAGGUGCACUCCUGCUUGCCUCAAUCUGUUACUUACCAGAGGCUUUAAGCAGUGUUGGAGCGAUAUGGGAAAGACUCUGAACACUGCUAAAAGCCUGUCUGGCUACUUUUUCAGCGAUAUGAUCCUGCCCAUGUUGUGCUGAUGGUAAACUUAGUGGACGCACCGACCCUGUGCCCAUUGUCCUUAAAUAUGAUGUCAUGGGGAUGGGAAGAAUGGAGAUGGAGCUGGACUAUGCAGAGGAUGCCACAGAAAAGCGGAGAGUGCUUGAAGUGGAAAAAGAGGAUACAGAAGAGCUUCGACAAAAAUACAAGGACCAGGUGGAAAAGGAGAAGGCUAUCGCAAAAGCUCUGGAAGACCUGAGAGCAAAUUUCUACUGCGAACUCUGUGACAAGCAGUACACCAAACACCAGGAAUUUGACAACCACAUUAACUCAUACGACCAUGCGCACAAACAGCGGUUAAAAGAGCUGAAGCAGAGAGAGUUUGCACGCAAUGUUUCCUCCCGUUCUCGAAAAGAUGGAAAGAAGCAAGAGAAGAUGCUGCGUCGACUGCACGAGCUGGCAGAGCAGAGGAAACAGGACAAACAGAACCGUACUCCUGGAAGUGGCCCUAUGUUCAAAACGACAACAGUCGCUAUUGACGGGGAGAAAGAAGGAGAUGGUGAAGGCGCUGCACUUGAGAACCCUGUUUUGACAGAUGCCAUCCGUGAGGGAUCGCCAUCAGAGAAAAUUGGCCAAUCCUCCCCGAAGCCCAGCCCAACUAUCAAUUUUUCACUGGGGAAGAGCACAUCCUCAUCCCCAACCCCCAGUAGUGGAUCAAAAGUCAGCGUGUCGUUCUCCUUUGCUAAGAAAGCCCCCGUAAAGCUGGAAACUGCAGCUGCUGUGUUCGCUGAUCAUGGCGAGGAGGCUAAAGAGGAAGACGAGGAUCAGGAGGGAGAAAAGGCUGGGAGACAGGAGGAGACAUCCGCCUGCAGCACAGAGAGUCCUAAGGGAGCGCCUGAAGGAGAUGGAGGAGGGGAGAAAGGCGGUGCGGCUGAAGCAGAAGAGGUGCAGCAGCCUGAUGACGGUGGCUCACUGGCUUCAACUUUAAACAAACUGAAGAUGAUGAUGAAAAAGGAUGAAGGAUAUUCUGGACAAGAACCUCAGUACUAUCACUACGUACCGCCAGCUCAUUGUCGGGUGAAGCCUCACUUCCAGUUUUUGUUAUUUAUGAAGGCUUCGGAGCAAUGUCAGAGCAAAGAAGAUGACGAAGAAGAAGAAGAAGAAGAGGACGAAGCAGGGGAAGUUCAAAAGGCUGAAGAAAGUUCUGAUCAGACAGAAUCCAAAGUUACAGACUCCACAACUGAGAAAGAAGAAGGUAAAGAUACAUCAGCAACCGACACAGAGCCGCCUGCUUUGUCACCUAAAGUAAAGAUGGAGGAAAAUGUCUCUUGUGCUCUGGACACGGCUUCUGCUGCUCCCUCUUCUCCCACUCAGAAACCAGAGAACAGCCAGAGCACACCCGACUCAAACACUGGUCCAAAAAUCCCAAUGGGUCCCUUCUUCCCUGUCCUCAGCAAAGAUGAAAGUACCACUUUGCAGUGGCCUACAGAGCUUCUUGAGUUUACAAAAGCUCAGCCUUCACUGUCUUACAGCUGCAAUCCUCUCUACUUUGACUUUAAGCUUUCAAGAAACAAAGGAUUGCGUGGUGGGAAAGCAGCAAAGUCCCCCAAGCCUGGAGAAGAGACUGAUGAGAAAGGACAAGACACAGCUGCUCCAACAGCUGCAGCUGCUGUACCUCUACCUGAAGCAUGCACUGAUAAAGACAAGCCGUCAAUGAAGGGAGAUCCCAGCCAGCCUGAACCUGAUGAGCAAAAAGCCACAACUGCAAGCAGCAGUACCAAAAAGAAGAAGAAGAAAAAGAAGCAUAAGAAGUCUGGAAAACAUUCAAAACGCAAAGGAAAAGAAAAGGACAUAGCUGAAGAUGCAGAGGAGAAUGCCGAGGUGGCUGAAGAAAAACCUAAAAAGAAGAAGAAACACAAACGGAAAAAGAGCAAAAAUAAAGCUCAAGAUCAAGAAGAGGCAGCUGCGGAUGAAAAAGAAAAAAAUAAGCUAAAGUCGGAAGAAAAAGCUGCUUGUUCCUCUGUUCAGCCCCCAACUGGAGGGGGAGGGGCCACAGGAGCUGAGUUGGGUAAAAGGAAACGUGCUCCAAAGGAAGUGCCUUCUAAGUCUGGAGCAGAACAAGGAGGAAGUGGAAAAACCGAUAAGACCAGCCCAUCCGAAGAUCACAGCGGUUCCAAAAAACAAAAAACCGACUCCAGUGGAUCGCAAAGCGCCUCCUGCUCCACCUCCGCCCAAAAAAGUCCGGGUCACGGCAGACCACCCAGCAGUGAGAGUGAGGAAGAUGGUGGCUCUAACACCCAGCGCUCGCGCCAUCACAGGUCCAGCCCACGGGAGCAACGGCGCCAUCACAGUGAAGAAUCCAGGCGGUCCUGCAGUCGCUCGUCAAGGCGUGGGGAGAGACGUGGCAGCAGCCGGCGGCGCCAUCGCGGCCAAACCUCCCGUAGCCGUUCUUACUCUAGCAGCUCUGGGCGCUCCUCGGCAAGAAGCAGUGCCUACAGUCACCGUAGCCGCAGUUACUCAGACAGUUACAGCGACUACAGCACAGAGGGGCGACGGCGCAGGCACUCGAAACGUUCCUCAGAGUCUGAGUACGAGCGGAGAGGCAGCCGAGGUCGUAGGCGAUCCAGGAGACAUCAGUACUCCUCUUCAUCGUCGGACGAUUCCCGCUCACGUUCACGCAGCUACAGCAGGAGGAAGCAUCACCGGCGUCGCCAUCACAGCAGUUCCAGAAGCUCCAGCAGCUGGAGCCGCAGCACCAGCACCAGGUCAUGGAGGCGUAGCUACAGCCGAAGCCGAAGCUCAGCGAGUCGCUCCUCCAGCUCCAACAAAGGCUCCCCUCACAGACGAUCCGCCAGGGGCCGAGCCGACAGCGACACGCAUCGCAGAGAUUUCAACCACUCUCGAAUCUAUCGCUCCCAGUCUCCUCGCUCAUCGUCACGAAGCCUUAACCGGAACAGCCAUGCAUCCUCCUCUCAGACUUUGAGGCCGGUCGGAUCUCGUGAUGCAGGGGAGCACAAAAAUAUGCUGACGGCGCGGCAGCUGCUGGAGAGGGUUCAGUCCAAGAAAAGUUCUGAGGAUUCUGGAACAAAGUCUGGGCUUAAGAUUAAGGACCCACCAACGGGUUACUUUGGUCCUAAACUACCUCCAACCUUGGGAAGCAAAGCCAUGCUGCCACUUUUUGGGAAGCUGCAGGCAGGGAAGAAACCAUUGAUUCCCCUGACAAGACCCGACGAGGGAGAGAAAUCAGGAACUGGAAAGGGUUCUGAAGCAGAUGGGGAGGUUAUCCUUGUAGAACCUAUAAGAGAGUUCCCUCCUCCACCCCCACCCCCAGCCCCACCAGUGCAGAAGGUGGAGGAGGUCCCACAGAACACAGUUACUGCGCAGGAGACACAAGCGCAGUCAAAUGUCGAAGAGCAAGUUCACCAGGAAGCCCAGCCUCUGUUUGAACAAGAUCCUUCCAUGAUGAUGUCCCAGUAUCAAGCUGAACCAGGUCAAGACCCCUCGCAGAACCCAAUGAUGGACUCCAUCAUGCCCGAAAUGCAGCAACAGCAGGCUGCAGUGCACGGCUACCCCACCUACCCUCCGCCCAAUCUGGAGGAGGACGGCAUCGAGGCAGAAGAGGACGGCCUGGCUCCUCUGGAGAGUCAGCCCAUCACCUUCACCCCAGAGGAGAUGGAGAAAUACAGCAAACUACAGCAGGCGGCUCAGCAGCAUAUCCAGCAGCAGCUUCUGGCCAAGCAGGUUAAGGCUUUUCCUUCGGCUGCUGCCGCGGCGGCGGCUGCUGCAGCGGCAGCUAACUUGGCCCCGGCUCCCCCUCCUCCAGCCCUGCAACAGAUCCACAUUCAGCAACCGACGGUCUCCGUAGCCUCGGGCACAUCAAUCACCACUGUUCAACACGCCAUCUUGCAGCACCAUGCUGCCACCGCCGCAGCAAUGGGCAUCCACCCUGCACAUGCCCACCACCCCCACCCUGCACACGCCCAGCUGGCCCAGGUGCAUCACAUUCCUCAGCACCACCUCACUCCCAUCUCCUUGUCCCCUUUAGGCCCGUCUCUUGGUCAUUCUUUGGGACACUCUCUGGGGCAUGCGGGGUUAAUUCCUGCACACCAUACAGCCUUCCUUUCUGGGCAGCCUAUUCAUAUCAUCCCUGCCUCUGCACUUCACCACACACCUUUGGCGCUCCACCAUGUUCCACACGCGGCCCUCUAUCCAACACUAUUUGCACCUCGGCCAUCUCAGGCUGCCGCAGCAGCAGCUCUCCAGCUCCACCCACUUCUGCACCCAAUAUUCUCGGGACAGGACCUCCAACACCCUCCUAACCACGGUUCAUGAGGGAUAAUAGAUUAGGAACAGGAUAUGAACACUUAGCCUCUGACAGAGCGUUGCAACGGUCUUGAUUUAGGGAUAGAGAUGAAGCUUUUCCUCUAUAUAGGAAGUCAGACAUGUCGGUAAAAGCAUUAUUCCACCAACUAAGUGGGCGUUACAUGGUUUAGCUGUGUUUUGUUAAAAAGUUGACACUAGCAUUUUCUAUUGGUUCAUCUGGGUGUUUUUAUUUUCCUUUUCCCCGUGUUUCCUGCUAUGAAGGCGAGUUUGUAGAUGUAAAGAGACUGUUUUCUAAACCAAUUUGAGUUUACAGCCACAUUUACCACUGAAUUCUUUUGUUUUCCUCAUUUUGAAAUCAGAUUAUUAGCUAAUCCUGGCAUCCAAAGAGAUUCAUAAUAGCAGAGAUGGCAUUGAGGAUCGUGUUGAGAUUCGGUUACAGAAGCAAACAGCUUCAGCUCUCUUCUUUUGAGAUGUGCCCAUAGAUUUACAACAUCUCACUGACGUUUGAUACUUUUCCCCAUAUAACACUCUGCUUUUCAUUAUUUUCUGGUCUCAAAGCGAUUUUCGUUUGUGUAAUUUGUACAUAUAUCAGUGUGUAAUGUGAAGAAGACAGCCAUUAAUAACCUUAUAAAAUAACUAUGGUGUCUAAACUGGUAUGACGCUCAAAAGAAGUCCUGAAUUUGAAGAAAAAUGGCAAAGAGGUUUUAACAUCUGAUACUCUGAGGCAAAGCUCCUGUUUCCCCACAGAGGGGCACAUGUGAAUGAAUUGCACUGAAAUCUGUACAUUAGGAUGGUGCUUUUGCAUCAUGUAACGAUUGUAGUAUACUGCAAUAAUUGUAUUUUUAUUUUUAAAUUAUUUUCAAAAUGCUCUUCAGAGGAAGAGCAUUGUUUGGCUUUUUUCUGUAAUUUUGUAAAUAAAAAUGCUGUAGAUUAACCUAUUAACAAAAAAAAAAGGUUGACAUUGCUCUCGGUUGAGCAGUUGAAUUAGAAGUUACAAGACGGAUUCGUAUUUUAUCAAGGUUGGUUAUGAAAUCCUUCCCUCUGGGAUCGCAGACAAA